UAGUUGUCUGCAGUCAAAGAUGGCGGUGCGUAAGAAAGACGGCGGCCCGAAUGUUAAAUAUUUCGAAGCGUCUGAUACCGUUUCUCAGUUUGAUAAUGUCCGCGUCUGGCUGGGAAAGAAUUACAAAAAGUACAUCCAGGCCGAGCCUCCCACCAACAAGUCUCUGUCCAGCCUGGUGGUCCAGCUGCUCCAGUUCCAGGAGGAGGUGUUCGGUCGACAUGUCAGCAACCCUCCACUGACCAAGCUGCCAAUUAAGUGUUUUCUGGACUUCAAGUCAGGGGGGGCUCUCUGCCACAUCCUGGCUGCUGCCUACAAGUUCAAGAGUGACCAGGGAUGGCGCAGGUUUGACUUCCAGAAUCCGUCGAGGAUGGACCGAAAUGUGGAGAUGUUCAUGACCAUCGAGAAGUCUUUAGUGCAAAACAACUGCCUGAGUAGGCCAGUCAUCUACCUGAACUCUGACAUAGAGCCAAAACUGCUCGGGAAACUGAAAGACAUCAUAAAAAGACAUCAGGGCUCAGUAACUGAAGACAAGGCCUCUAGCUCCCAUGUUGUUGUUCCUAUUCCCACCAGCCUGGAGGAAGAGGAGUGGGUGCGUCCAGUGAUGAAGAGAGAUAAGCAAGUGCUGCUCCACUGGGGAUAUUUUCCUGACAGUUAUGACACAUGGAUCCAAGCUAGUGAGAUUGAGGCUGCUGUGGAGGAUCCUCCCAGCCCAGAAAAACCUAGGAAGGUCCAUACCAAGUGGAUUUUAGACCUGGACCAGUAUAACGAGUGGAUGAAUGAGGAGGACUAUGAAGUGGGCGAGGGCUGUCCUAAGAGGAAGAGGAUCUCAGCCAAGACACUGACAGAUGAAGUGAGUACUCCUGAUGAGCGGAGGGACAAGAAGCCUGGCAGCGCUAAGAAGAGGAAGAGGUCGCCGUCGCCAUCCCCCACCCCUCCGCCUCAGGAGAGCAAGAAGAAGAAUACCAAAAAAGGGCCAACGACCCCGUACACCAAGUCUAAACGAGGCCAAAGGGAAGAGGAACAGGAGGAUCCUAGUAAAGACUUGGAUGAAGCGUCACCUGUUCCAGCAUCGGAAGAGGGAAACCCACCUAAAACAAAUAACACCAAGAAGGACUCUGAUUCAACUCCAGUCAAGGGAGGAACAGAUAUGGAUGAGCAAGAGGAUGAGUCCAUGGAAACAACAGGCAAGGAGGAGGAGGAAGGCUCUCCAAGCGUGAAAGGGGAACCAGUGAAAGGCUCGGACCUUCACGAAGACAAUGUGACCGAGCAAACUCAUCACAUUAUUAUACCGAGCUACGCUGCCUGGUUUGACUACAACAGUGUUCAUGCCAUCGAGCGCAGAGCCUUGCCAGAAUUUUUCAAUGGGAAGAACAAAUCCAAAACCCCAGAGAUUUACCUGGCAUACAGGAACUUCAUGAUUGACACCUACCGACUGAACCCUCAGGAAUAUCUGACGUCCACGGCCUGUCGUAGGAACCUGGCAGGAGACGUGUGUGCAAUCAUGAGAGUGCACGCCUUCCUGGAGCAGUGGGGCCUGAUCAAUUACCAGGUUGACUCUGAGAGCCGACCCACGCCCAUGGGUCCCCCACCCACUUCUCACUUCCACGUCCUGGCAGACACUCCGUCCAGUCUGGUGCCCCUGCAGCCCAAGACGUCCCAGACCCCUGCUACCCAGCAGAUGAUGUCAUUCCCAGAUAAAGUGAAGGAGAAACCAGCAGAUCUGCAAAACUUUGGGUUGCGGACUGACAUGUACAGCAAGAAGACUUGUUCUGCAAAGAGCAAGAGCACAGCGAGCUCUAUGAGGGAGUGGACAGAGCAAGAAACACUACUACUACUUGAGGGGUUGGAAAUGUACAAGGACGACUGGAACAAGGUUUCAGAACACGUGGGCAGCCGUACGCAGGAUGAGUGCAUCCUGCACUUCCUGCGGCUGCCUAUUGAAGACCCUUACUUAGAGGACAACUCGUCGUCCCUGGGACCACUAGCCUACCAGCCAGUACCUUUCAGCCAGGCAGGAAACCCUGUCAUGAGCACAGUGGCCUUCCUCGCCUCUGUCGUCGAUCCACGUGUUGCCUCUGUUGCAGCCAAAUCUGCUCUGGAGGAGUUUUCUCGUAUGAAGGAGGAGGUUCCUGCAGCUCUUGUGGAGGCUCACGUGAGGCGGGUCGAGGAGGCAGCGAGGGUCAGUGGCCGACAGGACCCGCUGUAUGGCUUGGAGGGUAGUGGCAUCGCAGGCACCGGCCUGGAGGAGGGAGACAGACCUGAUGAAAGUAGUGAUGAAAGUAAGAGUGACAGCCAACCAGGUGAAGAGAAGAGGGAGUCCAAGGACAGCAAAGAUGGAGCGACUGAGGAAGAGGAGAAACAGGCAGAGAAUGGGAAGAAGGAAGAAGAAAGAGGAAGAGAAGCAGAAGGAGAGAGGGAGACGGACAAAACAGAGUCAGAGAUUGGUGAUGGGGAGAAGGCAAAGGAUGGAAAAGAGGGCACAGAGGAAGGACAAAGAGAAGCAGAGAGUGAAGGAGAGAGGAAGGCUAAGGUGGAGCGUGACGUUGGAGAGGGGAACCUUGCCACUGCUGCUGCGUCUGCACUCGCUGCUGCUGCUGUCAAAGCCAAGCACCUGGCUGCAGUUGAAGAGAGAAAGAUUAAAUCUCUUGUGGCUCUGCUGGUGGAGACCCAAAUGAAGAAGCUGGAGAUUAAACUGCGACACUUUGAAGAACUGGAAACCAUAAUGGACAGAGAGAGGGAAGCUUUGGAGUACCAGCGUCAGCAGCUGCUGGCUGACCGUCAGUCCUUCCACAUGGAACAGUUGAAAUAUGCCGAGAUGAGGGCCCGCCAGCAGCACUUCCAGCAGAUUCAGCACCAGCAGCAAAGCCAGGCCAGUGGCCCUCAUGCCAACCAGGCCGCCCCAGCACCAGCCCCACCACCCCCGACCGCAAGUCAGCAGGCCCCCAACACACCAGCGCCACAGCCGGCCCCCAGUCCCGCGCCUCCAGCCUCAGCUUCUGCACCGGCCCCUGAGUCCCAACCCCCUCAGGGUGGAGCGCACACCACGCCCCCCUGCCCCCCAGGUGCAACCCCAGCUACCCACUCAAGCUCCAGCUCCAGCACUACGCCUGUACUCCAUGAGCCCACCCCCCCUCUUCCUGGAGAAACACUCCAUCCUUCAGCUCCAGUCCAACCUCCACAGACAAUUGAUGCAAGAAAGAAAAAAUUAUAACGUAUAAAACAAACCAGCUCUACUUUAACUCUGUCGAAAAAGAUGUCCUUUUUAAAUUGAAUCUGCCUAUGAAGAAAAUGUAGUUUCAAACAGAAGCUGUUCAUCAUGUACGAUCGAUUGGACAGCAACAUCUCACUUCAUAAUAAGAAGCUUAACACCAGAGUGAACUAAGAGGGUCUUACCAACAUGCUGACAGUCAAGGAAAGAAGAGAAAAGACUCAUCUUGUGUUUUCAGUGUUUUGGCAAUUGUUGCAUUUAUUUUCUGCAACAGUUUGACACAGCUUGUGAAGUUUGUGCUUCACAAUCUCUCUAGAGUUCCCCCCUUGUACUGUAGGUACUAAUUCAAAUAUAUGUAAGACAAAAAUGCACUUUUAACAUGUUUCUCAAGGUCCAAUUGAAAGACUUGAAGCAUCGAUGAUUAAAUCGAUGAUUUAACUUUAGCACUUAUAUCAUCUUUUUGUUGUCUUAAAUACUUUUUCAUGCUGAAGGUUUUGAAAACUUGAUUGGAAAUGUUACUAUUUCCGCUCUAUUUUUAUUUGUUUUCCAUGAACAAACAGUCACUCGACAGGGUCUGAUAUGAAUGAAAACUAAUUAGAAGUGAGUUGGAAAGGACGUUGGUUUGGAUGCAGUUUGAGACAAUGUACUGUAAAUUGGAUUUUUAUAUUACAAACACAUCUUUUGUUGCCCCGUAAUGAUAAUAUUUGAAAGCUCUGAGAGCAUGAAAUCAUCAUACUGAGAAGACCUCUCUUUAAAUAUAUCGUAAUAAUGUCCUUCCUUUCGACAGCACUUAAGGAAUAACAUGUCAGCGAGGAGCUUCAUGUUUUUCAAAUCUGGAUGAACUAAAGCAUCCAGGAGUUUCUGAGGAAUGUAGUUGUGUUCAAAAGGUAUGAUUGAAAGUUUGGGAAUGAUAAUUAUACCAGUGACCACAAGAGUGUUUAUUAAUAAUUUGACUUUAUGUUAUUUGCUCAACCAAAAUGUUUUAUAAUCAUGUUUAUCUCACAUUUAUUCAGUGAGUUUUAUUGUGGUUGCUUGAGAAACUAAGAAGUUUUUUUUAGCAGCUUGUUUUUCGCUGGUGCAUUUCAAGUUACACAUGGAAGAAACGUGAAGCCUGUCAAAAAACAAGGGAAUUCGCACCUUAAACAGCUGACAAUGGAGAAUUGUGUCCUUAAUAUCUGCAACAAUAUCCUCACUUUUUAGCCUAUCAAUUUUUAUAUUUUGUACUUUCUGUUUUCCAUCUCCUUUCUUUCAUAUGUCAACAUUGUAACUGUAUAUUAUUACAUUUGUAGUUUAUAUUUACCCUCUCCACUGUUGUGUAUG